UGCUAUGCAAAUUUUUCUUCUUCUUCUUCUUCUUCUUCUUCUUCUUCUUCAAACUUUCAUAAUAGCCUACAAAGAGCACUUGCACGUACUGUGUUUCUUAUCUAGAAAUCGUAAAUUGUUGAUUGAUUGCAAUAUCUAAAAUCCAUGAUAAUUUUGAUGCGAUAAAGUGUUUAAUUCGUUCCAUGACCACGCAACGUAACUCAAAAAAAAUCUUAAAUCGCCUUUCCCCAUUGAAAUGAAUGAAAAUGCCAAUAAUCUGUUCUGGCAUCUCGCAAAUGUUUCUUUUUGAAUAACAAAAAUAGCACUAAUAUAUUAUUAAUAUGAAUAAUAUAAUAUUUUGCAUUAUGAAGACAUACAUGAACAAUUAAAUGGAACGUAAAGAAAUUAAACAGUUUUGGCCACAUUAUUUGCUUCCAGCCAAUGGAUAUUGUGGUGUGUGCCUUGGCCACCUUGGGGCAUUAUAAUACAGACAUACGGAUAUACAUGAAGGAGACAGUCUCAAUUGCUCUGUAAGCUCCAGUAGUAUUCGUCCUUCUUUACAGAGGAUAAAGAAUAUAUGCAUUGCAUUUAUUGUUAUAUUGUCUGUCUGGGUCUGGCCACUGUUUGGGUUCAAAUAUCCAUUGUUUAAAGGGUUAUUACACCACAAAUAUUGAUGCAAAUAGUUAGGCCAUCAAUGUUGUUUUCCAUUAUAUGUUAGCGUUAAGCUAGCAGGGGCAUUCUUAAGACAAAGUAGUUCUAAAUACACCACAUUGUAAUUCUUUGUUUUAUGUUUAGUUUGACGGUAAACUUCAACUGGGAGAGGCACUAAACAGUUUGAAGUCUCUUUUUUGAAGAACUGUUCACUAUUUGCCAAACUGUUGUUUAUUGUAAAGUGAGUUGAAUUGAGUUCACUGCCACCAUGCAGCACUCGUAUCACAAGUUUGCACUCACAAAUCAAAGCAAAAAAAUGCCUGAAUGACAGCAGGUCUCUUGAAAAACUCAUAAGUUGUGUCACUCGUGCCUCAAGACACCACUGUACCGCUAGUGGUACAUGGGCUCCCUCUAGUGGUACGUGAAAGGAUAACUGUCCAAGUACAUUUCAGUUGUCCAUCCAUCCAUCCAUCCAUUUUCCGAGCUGCUUCUCCUCACUAGGGUCGCGGGCAUGCUGGAGCCUAUGCCAGCUAUCAUCGGGCAGGAGGCGGGGUACACCCAGAACUGGUUGCCAGCCAAUCGCAGGGGACAUACAAACAAACAACCAUUCGCACUCACAUUCACACCUACGGGCAAUUUAGGUGUAGUUUGUUAUUUUAUUACUAAUUGCUGACGUUGAAAAUCUUACCAACAGCUCUCUCUAGUGUCAGUAAGAGGGAGUACCUCAAAUGGGUUGCUUGGAUACAAGGCAACAAAUGAUUCAGUUGUGGCGGUGACAAAGUUAGCACACGUUGGUUUAGGUAGUACUUCACUUAUUAAUAUUAACAAUUAAUAUUGAGUUAGUAUUGGAGGACAAAAUGUCAUCAGUGGUUCAACAUGGCCGACAGAGAGGUUCCAGUAAAAGUGUCUUUCCAGCAAAGGACAUCAGUGAGACAAUCCAGCUUCCAGAUCUCCGUCAGGUCACCGUCUUAACCAAGGCUGACUGGCUGAGGAUCCAAGAUGAAAUCAACCGUGUGGACAAGGAAAAGGAACGAGUGAUGGAGGCCGCGAGGCAGAGGCGGGCCCUGCAGCUGAAAUCGAAAGAGAUGGCCAAACUGUGGCCAAACACACUCACCUGUCAGAGACAGAAGAAACUGGAGGCAAAGAUGAUCCGGGACCAGAUGGAGGAGGAGAAAAGGAAACAGAUCGAUAUGGAAGAGGCCAAAUAUCGUGAAGAAAAGCAGAAAGAGGCCAUUGAGAAGGCAAAGCAGCAGCUGUACUAUGAAACGGAGCGAGUCAAAGGACUACAUCGUGCACUCUUGCUGACGGAGGUUCUGAAGGAAAGGGAGGCCCAAAUAGAGCUGAAGCAAAGGAAGAAGAGCGCCUCCAAAGACCUGGACAAAGAAUUCAUGCAGAAGGUGAAGGCCAGAGAGGAUGAAGCUCUCAAAAAAGAGCAGGAGCGAGCGCAACAGAAAAGACAGGAGAGCAAGGCUUUUGCACAAGAACUGCAGAAGCAGAUAAAGGAAAAUCAGCUGGAAAGGGAACGACGGAAAAAUGAGACGAAGAAGGACGGCGAGGAAAUCCAAUGGCUUCAAGAGCUUCAUCAAUGGGAGCAAAAAAUGGAGGAGGAGGCACAAGCAAAGCAGAAGAGCGAUUUCAUGCAAGCUCAGCUGGAGCAUCUCACUCAAAGAGACAUUUCUAGGGUGCUGGAUGCAGAGAAACAGGAAGCGGAAGAGGCCCAAAGGAAACUCUUCCUAUCCGCAAAGGAGAAAAUGGUCAAGUUAAGAAGAGCUAAAGAGACGGAGUUGUUCAGAGAGAUCCAGAAUCGCAGGGAGAGGCUCAUGGACAAGCUGACCCUGGCUCAGAAGGAGCAGAAGCAGCAGAGUGUUGCCAAGGCUGUCGCGGAGCAGGACGCACAGAGGAUGCAACAGCAAAGGGAGGAGGAGAAGAAGAGGGUGGAAAUGAUGAGGUCAAUCACAGCUCACAGGGAACACGUGGUCAAAGAGAAGGAGCGAAACAAACUGAUCAGAAAGGAGAAAGAAAGAGCAGCUCUUCUGGCAAAGAAAGAGGGUGACCGAAUUUUUUGUGAGGAACACCAAAAGAAGGCCCAGAGCAUCCGACAAGAGCUCCAGAAGUUACAGGACUUCAAUGCAAGCCAGAUGUUGGAGAAACAAGCCAGGCAGGAUCAAGUGUGGCGAGCGGAGCAUGAGUUUGACGCAAAGAACAUGGAGCGCCUUGCUGAAGAAGAAUUUGGGUUCGAGCAGUACUCGAGUGCCGUGGUCCAAGCAGCAGCCACCGCUCAGCGCAACGUGCUUCCACUUUACAAGGUUGUGAGGGAGGGGGCCGGUGGGGGUCCCAUGUACACCGGAGCACGACCUCGCUACCUCGUUCAGGACACGAGCGGUGCUGAAAUGCCGAAAUACGUCUCGGACAGCACGCGGGAUAUUAAGAAGAUCCAUGAGGUUGACGAUAUUGAAGAAGGAAAGAAGAGGCUUGGGUUUAAAUGGUUAUAGACCGCCUCCUGAAGGCCAAUGGCGAACUCGAUAAUGUAAAAGUAGGAAAUAGAACCUGAGUGAGAUUGGUUAUAAAUGUAAAGUCAAUUCAGAGAUUUGUUUCGAAGUAUUUUAUGCAUGUGAUGUUUGAAGAUAAUUGAUAAAAAUGUGCAAAGACUAUGAACAAUAUAAUACUCAAUUGUG